UCAGAAACGAAGUUUCACCUGCGAGCGAUAGAUGUCUGAGGAGCACAUCUCUGAGGACGGGAGUACAGCGCUGUUAUUCAUGAUGCAGUUCAUGCUUCUGUUCAGUCGUCAAGGCAAGCUCCGGCUGCAGAAAUGGUACGUGCCUCUGUCAGACAAAGAGAAAAAGAAGAUCACCAGAGAGCUGGUGCAGACCGUCCUGGCUCGGAAGCCUAAAAUGUGCAGCUUUUUGGAAUGGAGAGACCUAAAGAUUGUGUAUAAGAGAUACGCCAGCCUGUAUUUCUGCUGUGCCAUAGAGGACCAGGACAACGAGCUCAUCACGCUGGAAAUCAUCCACAGAUACGUGGAGCUGCUGGAUAAAUACUUUGGCAGCGUUUGUGAACUCGACAUUAUUUUCAACUUUGAGAAGGCCUACUUCAUCCUGGAUGAAUUCCUGCUGGGCGGGGAGGCCCAGGAGACGUCCAAGAAGAACGUUCUGAAGGCGAUCGAGCAGGCUGACCUACUGCAGGAGAAUAUAGACUUUCAGAUGCGUCUGUUUGCAGGUGUGAUGGUCCCAAAUAUGGCAUCAGAAGCUUCUGGUCUUUUCCAGAAUUAGGCCAGCUAAGGAUGCCAAAGAUGCAGAGACGCCCCGCAGUGUGCUGGAGGAAAUUGGACUCACAUAAACAUGGUCUCCAUCACCGCCACCUUGCUUCGGCCUCAGACCCCGUCCUGUGCUGGCUACGGUUCCAAGACGACCACAUAAUGACCGUUUUGCCAUGUUUACUAGUUUUCUACUUUUAUUUUUUCCAUACUUUGUUAUGUCAGUGGUCGGAGCGAUUAUAUAAAAGGUGAAAUAGGCAAAUAAUGAUAAUAACUAUAUGUUUUCUGUCAAACAAUUGAAAAAACUGUGUCAUAUUAUUAAAAGGGAAGUCAAAGGUAUUACGUUAGAACCAAAGAGUAUAGCUUCAUCACUGGGAAGUCAUUUUCAGCCUAUAUUUUUACAAUGAAGAUCUGUGUAAAUUAAAAUGUACUGUUUCAGCUGAAAUAAGAGACUUAGACUUUAGACAUAGAAAGAUUUAUUUAAUCAUUUUGUAUACAAGAGUGUAUACAAAAAGAAAUUUCAUUUAAAACAGCUCUAGACAAUUUCAUUUUUCCAAUAAAUAAAAGCUGCGUUAGUUUACAAACUCACACCACUCUGAUCAGUUUAACUUUGGCUCUACAUACAGUAGAUUUAAAAUAAAAUGCCUUAAACCACUGAAUAAUAUUUAUUAUUUAGAACUUAUUCAAUUUAUAUGGCAUCAAUGUAGCAGGUUAAGAUAUUUCGUGUAAAGGCCAAGAAAAUGAGCUGACUGUUGUUUUUCAUUGAAUGUAUACAGCUACAGCACUUUUCAUUCAUUUUGUAUUAUAUGAUGGAAAAUCAGCGACAUUCAGUGGCUGCUUUCAUUUCAGAAAUAAGGGAAUCAAUUGUUAAAUAAUCUCUCAUUGCAGAUACUGAAUUAGGGAGUAAAAAAAUCCAACAAAGCAGGAAGUUUAGCAGUUUUUUUGCCACAUGCUGCAAGAAGUUAAAGAAAGAAAGUUGAAAUUGAACUAACAUGAAGAUAUAAUUUAAUUAAUAGAUCGAUGUUAACGUAAACCUUCAUCUCCUCCAGAUUAAUGGGCUGUAUGCCCAGCUCCAUUGCUUCCUGAACUUCAGCUGCCCCUUUGUGUCUUUUAUUACUUGACAAACUAAUUCAUUCAGGUGUGUCUGGCCAAUGUCGUCAUGGUUACUGAGGUCAGACACACCUGGAUAAAUCAGUCAGUCCAGUGAUGAAAGACAGGAAACAAAGGGCCUGUCCCAAUCGGUGGCUACUCCCUCGCUCUACCCACUUCUAACUCGGUUUGCAUGUGCUCGUGGGGGGCUGACAUAUUAAAGGGGAACACCAUUUUUUUGCAUUGGCCCCUUGAUUUUACGUUA